GGUCCAUUCAAAGCGGCUGGGCGUUGAAAAAAGCAGGACAGACCAAAACAGAGCGACGGAGUGAGAAAAUCGCUAAAGAUGAAUCCGAAUUUCGAAGAAAUCGGCAAGGAGUUCGUCAAGCAGUACUACCUGCAGUUCGACAACAUCGUCACGAGGCCGAAUGUAGUAAAUUUCUACAACGCCGAAACGUCGCUGAUGACCUUUGAAGGGAAACAACUGCAGGGCGCGCCGGCCAUCAUGGACAAGUUCUCCAGCCUGGGCUUCAAGAACAUCAGCAGGAUGAUCACGGCGGUCGACCCGCAGCCCAUGUUCGACGGUGGCAUCGUGAUCAGUGUCAUCGGAAGGCUGCAGUGCGACGAGGACCCGCCGCACGCCUUCUCGCAAGUGUUCGUGCUCAAGCCCCUGAACGCCACAUUUGUGCUGCAACACGACAUUUUCCGUCUUGGCAUUCACGACACCGCUUAAUUGACUGCCGAGACAAUUGACGGAUUGAUUGCCUUAAAAUGAGGACUGACUAAAGCCCUUGAAGAUUCCAAUAUGUUUCUGUUUAUUUCUCUUUGUCUAGUUUUUCAUUCGCCAGGCGAUGUCGUCGCGAAACAUGAUUUCAAACUGUAAUUCUUUCAAUGCGGCUGCACACAUUCUACGAUAUUCUGCUGAAGAAUUGAUUGUAAUAAUUAUUAAUAUGUGAAAAUGUACUUUGCUUUAAGUAAGUCUCAGCCGAUACAUACUACUAAUGUGUACGUACUAAUGAAAUAUUAAGUGAAGAAUUGACACCCAGGCAAUUUGGUAUGGCCCUUCGUGGUUGUAUGAUUAUGGUGGAAAAUCAAAUUUAAAUAAAAAACAUUUUUACCAUGUAAUU